ACGCUCACUGGACGCUGAGCGCUAAGCCCAUGACCCGUCAGCCAAUCAGAGGCGUCAGUCUGACGCGUGUUGAGCCUGAACACCGCAUUCUCUUCAUGGCGCUGCUGCUGUGCUGCAGCAUCAUCGGAAGGACGGAUCGUUUUGAUGGGGGAUAUCUCGUGAGGUUUCCGCAGCAGCUCCUCAGAAUAACAGCUGAACACCUGAAGCAACAUGGACAUCCUGAAGUCACUGGCCCAUCCCGAGGAACUAUUCAACCUGUUUAAGUUUAAGAUGGGGGGAUGCAGAGCCGUGAUGCCAAAGUUGGAUUAUGAGUCCAUGAGUGAGAGUCUGCGGACCUGCUACAUGUACUUGAACCAAACCAGUCGGAGUUUUGCAGCUGUGAUCCAAGCGUUGGAUGGGGAGUUGAGACAUGCAGUUUGUAUUUUCUAUCUUGUGCUGCGAGCGCUGGAUACAGUGGAGGAUGACAUGAGUAUCCCCCUGGACAGGAAGGUGCCAAUGCUGAAUGAUUUCCACACUUAUCUGUACCAGGACGAGUGGUGCUUCACUGAGAGCCAGGAGAAAGACCGGCAGGUUCUGGAGGACUUCCCAACGAUAUCAGUAGAGUUCAGAAACCUGGCUCAGGAAUACAGAGAUGUCAUCUCAGAUAUCUGCCAGCGUAUGGGAGUAGGAAUGGCUGAAUUCCUGGAGAAGAAAGUGGGGUCCAUGAAAGAGUGGGACCAGUAUUGCCACUAUGUGGCAGGGCUGGUUGGUAUUGGCCUGUCUCAGCUCUUCUCAGCAUCCCGGCUGGAGGACCCUGAGGUUGGACGGGACGCUGAGCUGGCAAACUCCAUGGGCCUGUUCCUCCAGAAGACCAACAUCAUCCGGGACUAUCUCGAAGAUAUGAAAGAGGGACGUGUCUUCUGGCCACAAGAGGCAUGGAGCCAGUUUGCAGGCUGUCUUGAGGACUUGGCCCAGCCUGAGAAGCUGGAGUCGGCUCUGUCCUGUCUCAACUUGCUGGUCACUGAUGCUCUGCGUCACGUCCCAGAUGUUAUCGCCUACCUGUCCCACCUGCACAAUCAGAGUGUCUUCAACUUCUGUGCCAUUCCACAGAUGAUGGCAAUAGCUACACUAUCUAGAUGCUACAACAACCCCAUGGUGUUCCAGGGAGUAGUGAAGAUCAGAAAAGGACAGACUGUCACUCUCAUGAUGGAUGCCACCAACAUGAGAGCUGUGCAGACCAUCAUCACCCAGUACAGCCAGGAGAUUUUACACAAGGUCUCCCUCACUGACCCGUCACGGGACAAGACCCUGCACAUCUUGGCUCUAAUCCAGGAGAAGUCUGAUUUGUCACAGUCCACAGGCCCCCGCCUGUCACGCGUGUACCUGUCUGCUGCCAUGCUGCUCGCCGCUCUCAGCUGGCAGUACCUGAGCGCUACCGCAGAACAGAUACAGGGCACCAGUGAUGUGCCGGGACAGUGAACUCCUAUCUCACCUUUCCUGGGCCUACAAACUAAAAAGGGCCUUCUGCUCACUCUGGAGAUCUGGUUCUCUUCUCACUGGAGGAAUCUGAAGCAUUUCCUCCUCCUUUCCCCUCUUUAUUAUGGUCGUGACAGGACCAUGGACAAAUGUAUACGGUGGAGGGGUUCUGGUAGCAGGCUGGUCACAUUGGGUUGUUUGAUCUGUGGUAGUCCACCCUGCAUCGGGAAGAAAAUUAUUUUACACACAGUGUUGUGUAGUUAUUUACUAGCAUAAAUGGCACAUUGCAACGUACGCACGGGGGGGAGGGGUUUCAUGUCUUGUGAUUUUUAUGUAGAGCAUGUUUUUCUUCAUUUUUGUUUGAAACAUUUUGACCCAUUGUUUGGAUUGAAUUGAAUUAUUUUACAUAUUUGAAUAUUUCAAAAAAAAGAAAUGAAUUGUUUAAAUGUUGAAAUGCAUAAAACAUGACUGCCAAUUUUAGGAUUUUCACCAACUCAUUCACCAAACUUAAUUAAGCUUUUGUUUU